AAAAAAACUAACAAUGCGUCACUUCGAUGCCUGGUUACUUCGAGAUCCGUACUCCAUCUUUCAUUACUACUCCACGGGACGAAGAUGGCAAGAGGCUAUUCGUGAUUUGAUUCAAGAACGCAAGAUCUGCGCGCCUUCCGUGGAUAUCUCUCCUCAUGCCUCCUCCUCCUCCUCCACAUCAUCCAAACCAGUCGACCCAUAUGCCCGGCCCAUGGCAUCCCAAUUCGACAGCUUAUUCUUCCGCAAGCUACCUGCCGAAAUUCGUCUCAUAAUCUACAACUACGCCUUCGGCGAUGAAGCUAUCCAUUUAGUCCAGUUGAAGGGCAAGAUCCGCCACGUCCGGUGCAAACAUCCCUCAUCAUCACUCGACCGCAACCGCCGCUGCUGCCCUGUUACCCCAGCCCGCUGGCGGGUCCAGGAUAACCACUCCGACAGCGUGCUGUACCCGCACACGCACGCCUCCCUCCCAGCGUCCCUGAGCAAUUCCUCGGUGGCAUUACUGCGCACAUGUCGCGCCACAUACGCUGAAGCCGCCGACAUCCUUUACGCCAACGCGGUCUUCGACGUAGACGACCUCCACACCUUCAUCGCCUUCUCUCUGAUCGUCUGCCCGGAGCGUCUCCGCUCGAUCAAACGCCUCACCGUCCAAUGGAUGCCCAUCUGGCAGCCCAUGGCCGGCCAGGAGCACAAAUCCUCCAUCUAUUCUCACACUCACAACGACCACCUCUGGGCUCUUUUCUGGACCCGGAUUGCCGCCCUCCGUGGCCUCGAACAGUUGCAUCUGAGCCUUGACCUCGGCCGCUUCAGCGGUAACGCCAUGGGCGGUGUGAUUGGCGGGAAACGCUUCCGCCUGGCUAUCGAUGAGCCCUGGGUUUCCCCGAUGUUCUGUGUCCGCGGACUCAAGUCGUUCGAGUUGGGCAUCACGGCCCGCUGCGACGCCUACACCAAGAGAGUGAUGGAGCAAGACCUGUGCCGGGAUGCGGUGGCUUUGCGAGAUGCUCUCCGUGAGCGUAUGUGCUCAGCACGUGGCCAGAUACCUAUCGUUCCUACUCUUCAGAUGAAGAGGGCGUGUGGCAUGGAGGCGGAGGUGCUCGACGUUGCGGAGAGGAAAACGCGACCGCGCCUUGCUAUCACGGCUGCUUGAUCACUUAAAUUUCCCGUCAAUUCGACAACAUUUUGAUAUUACGAAGUGAAAAAUACGCAUUUCAAGCUUCCCAAUGGAGGCAGAGAACGGAAAUAGCAAUUUGGAAUUAGGAAUGAGAUACCCUUUGUGUGCCUGCAUUUGUGUUUAAUUUUUUUUUUUUUCCUUAUCCUUGCUUCCUGGUUGUCCACAUCGUCUUGUGACUAUAAAAGUUAGAACUGGGUUCGAAAAUAGUCAGCGGUUGAUCUACGAUUGACUUUUGCCUCUCUUUACCUCUCGUCCUGUUACAUAGAUAGAUGACAGAAGUUAGAUGCUUGUCGCUUUGCCC